AGUGUCAAAUUCAAGAACUGAGCUGAGCACGUCACUGUCGAAUUUUAUUCGAAUUUUCUACUUAUUUUUGCUGACUUGGCUGUUACCAUUUUUCGUGAUUUAGUUCUUACGUAGCAAACAUGUCGAAGAAACGGGGUAACAAGAAGAAUCAGGACUUGGAUGAUGCAUUCGAGUCGAAAAAGGCUGAGAAUCAAAACAUAACCUCAAAGAAGGGGAAAGGAAAGAAGAAAGGCAGGGGUGACGAUUUCAGUGACGAGGAGGCCGAUGUCCCGCAGGCGGUGGUGGUGUCUGAUGACGAGGACGUGCCAAAACCCGCCGCAAAGAAGUCACAGAAGAAAGCCAAAGGUAAGAAGAAGGGAGUAGAGUUAUCAGAUGAUGAUGAUGAUAGCAAGUCAAUAGUAAGCAAUGCUACAAGCACAGCAUCUAAAACAACUGCCAAAGCUGGUAAAAAGAAAAAAGGUAAAGGUAAAAAGGAUGACUGGUCUGAUGAAGGAAGCGAUAUUGAGCUUAAAGAGGCUUCUGAAGAUGAAGUUGUCAAACCAGUUUCUAAAAAGAAAACAAAAAAUAAAAAGAAAAAUAUAGCAGCCGAAUCUUCAGAGGAAGAAGAUGACCAAGAUGAUUCUAAGUCAGUAGUUAGUAAUGUAUCUAGCAACACAGCCAAGCCAGCUGUAAAAGCGAAAGGCAAGAAAGGUAAAGGUAAGAAAGACGACUUUCCUGACGAAGAUGAUGAGAGUGACAAGGAAUUGAACAUGGAAGGUUCUGGUUCUGACGAAGAAGAAUUAGCUCCUGUAGUGAAAAGCAAAGGUAAACAUCAUAGGAAAAAGAAUAAUAUUGAUAAUAUAGAGGAAGAAAUAAAGAAAUUCACUAUCAAUGAGCCUGAAGAGGAGGAAAAGUCAAAGAAAGCUAAGGAUAAGAAAAAAGUAAAAGAGCACAUCCCAGAAGAAGGUGACCAGUCGGAUGAUGAAGCGUCGAGGGAAACAGAGGAUAAGGUGCAAGAUCUGAAAGAGACAGAAAAAGAAGAGCCAGCAGAGAAGAAGCUGAGCCACAAAGAGAAGAAGAAGUUGAAGAAGCAGCAGGAGUAUGAAAAGCAGAUGGAGAUGCUGACCAAGAAGGGUGGCCAGGGGCACAGCGAGCUUGACGCCAACUUUACCGUCAGCCAGGCGCAGAAGUCUGCGGGUCAAAUGGCAGCCUUAGAGAACGCUGUGGACAUAAAAGUGGAGAACUUCACGAUCAGUGCGAAAGGCAAGGAUUUGUUUGUGAAUGCGAAUCUAUUGAUUGCCAACGGCCGCAGGUACGGUGUGGUUGGGCCCAACGGUCAUGGAAAGACCACGUUAUUGCGACAUUUGGCCCAAAGAGCCUUCCCAUUGCCGCCGCACAUCGACAUUCUGCUCUGUGAACAGGAAGUUACUGCCGACGACAAAAGCGCCGUCGAAACUAUAUUGGAAGCUGACGUGAAGAGAACUGAGCUGCUAAACGAGUGUAAGGAGUUAGAAGCUGAAACUGAAAAAGGCAACAUGAGUGUACAGGAUCGAUUGAAUGAGGUGUACUCGGAGUUGAAGGCGAUCGGUGCGGACUCAGCGGAGCCGCGCGCGCGCCGCAUCUUAGCGGGGUUGGGGUUCAGCCGCGAGAUGCAGAACCGCGCCACCAAGAACUUCUCCGGUGGCUGGCGGAUGAGGGUCUCGCUUGCCAGGGCGCUGUACAUAGAGCCUACAUUACUGUUACUCGACGAACCUACGAAUCACUUGGAUCUCAACGCUGUCAUUUGGUUAGAUAAUUACCUUCAAGGCUGGAAGAAGACUCUGCUGGUAGUAUCUCACGACCAGUCGUUCUUAGACAAUGUGUGCAAUGAAAUCAUACAUCUAGACCAGCAGAAGUUGUUCUACUACAAGGGCAACUAUUCUAUGUUCAAGAAGAUGUACGCGCAGAAGAAGAAAGAAAUGUUAAAGGAAUAUGAGAAGCAAGAGAAGAAAUUGAAGGAAAUGAAGGCUCACGGACAGUCUAAGAAAGCAGCCGAGAAGAAGCAGAAGGAAGCUCUGACUCGCAAGCAGGAGAAGAACCGCAGCAAGGCGCAGCGCGAGGAGGAGGAGGGCCCGGCGCCGGCCGCGCUGCUGCAGAAGCCGCGCGACUACGUCGUCAAGUUCUCCUUCCCAGACCCACCGCCGCUGCAGCCGCCCAUACUCGGCCUGCACAACGUGGACUUCAACUUCCCCGGCCAGAAGCCUCUAUUCAAGGACGUGGACUUCGGCAUCGACCUGAGCUCGCGUAUCGCCAUCGUUGGCCCCAACGGGGUCGGCAAGUCCACCUUCCUCAAGCUGCUCGUCGGAGAACUCAGCCCUAUUCGAGGGGAGCUCAUCAGGAACCACAGACUGCGGAUAGGUCGCUUCGACCAGCAUUCGGGUGAGCACCUGACGGCGGAGGAGUCGCCAGUUGAAUACCUGCAGCGGUUGUUCGGCUUGCAGUACGAGAAGGCGCGCAAGGCGCUGGGCACAUUCGGGCUUGCCAGCCACGCGCACACCAUCAAGAUGAAGGACCUCAGCGGCGGGCAGAAGGCGCGCGUCGCGCUCGCCGAGCUGACGCUCAUGGCGCCCGAUGUCGUCAUCCUGGACGAGCCGACGAACAACCUGGACAUCGAGAGUAUAGACGCGCUGGGAGACGCAAUCAACGCGUACAAGGGCGGCGUGGUGAUCGUAUCCCACGACGAGCGGCUCAUCCGAGAGACUGACUGCGCGCUAUACGUCAUCGAGGACCAGACCAUCAAUGAGGUUGACGGAGACUUCGACGACUAUAGGAAGGAACUCCUGGAGAGUCUCGGAGAGACCAUCAACUCGCCCUCGAUCGCCGCCAACGCCGCCGUACUGCAAUAGACGUCCGUAUUUACUUCAUACGAUCCUUACUACAUCACCCUCUUGGUUUCAACUACAAACUAUUAUAGUGCUGUACCUUAUAGGUGCUACGCCCACUGGAACUCCACUGCGGGAUGGUGGAGAUAUUUGUUCCAAAACUCUUUGAUCUUGCUAUCUGCAUCUUUUUAUUCAUCCCACGACGAGCGAUCCUAUUAUAGAUGGAACCGAUCACACAAGUGCCUCGGGUUUGUAACAAUAAGUAUGCCUUCCGCUGGACUCACACAUCGAAACAUUUUCAGUUCAUUCAUUAUUAAUAUAAUGAUAAUUUUAACCAUUUUCAAUGAGAUAUACAUAUUUUGCAAUGUAAUUUAAAUUAAUUCUAAUCAAAUGUUGUAAGUGUUAUAAAAUAAGUUUUAAUAGCAUGCUGACUGAAGAUCUAUAACCAGCGCAAGUUUGCAGUUUAAAUAAUUGUUGUGAAGUGAAUUGAAUUCAAUAUCGAAAUCAAAUAAUUUAUUUUAUUUGGUGUUUAACUUUUAGUUUUUAACCUCACAGUUAUUACUGAUUAUGUAGCUGUGAUCUGCAUACUCCUACGUUUGUAUUCGAAUUUUAGUGUAAAAAUGUCUAUAAAAUAUUUAUACGAAUACAUUUUGUUACAAAAACAAA